GACUCUGUUUGGAAACAAGAUCAAGUCUGUGGCCAAGGAGGCGUUCUCCGGCUUGGAGGCCCUGGAACACCUGAACCUUGGGAAUAAUGCCAUACGGUCUAUUCAAGAGGAUGCCUUUACAAAGCUGAAAAACCUGAAAGAUCUCCGCAUCAACAGUGAGAGCUUCCUCUGUGAUUGUCAGCUCAAGUGGUUGCCACUUUGGUUAACCAAGAAAAAACAACAGCUGUUUGUGGAAGCCACCUGUGCCCACCCGGAAUCAUUAAAGGGCAAAAAUAUUCUUGAAGUGGUCCCGGAAAGUUUUGUAUGUGACGAUUUCCCCAAACCCAAAAUUAUUGUUGAACCAGAAACCACCAUCGCUGUCCUGGGCAAAGACAUUCGCCUGACGUGCUCUGCAGCCAGUAGCAGCAGCUCUCCCAUGACGUUUGCCUGGAAGAAGGACAGUGAGAUUCUGCACCAUGCCGAGAUGGAGAACUUUGCCCACGUCCGAGCCAGGGAUGGGGUGGUGAUAGAGUACACUACCAUUCUGCACCUGCGCCAUGUCACUUUUUCCCACGAGGGACGCUACCAGUGCAUCAUUACCAAUCAUUUUGGCUCUACCUAUUCUCAGAAAGCUCAGCUUACUGUUAAUGUGCUGCCGUCUUUCCUCAAAACUCCCUAUGACAUCGCAGCCCGUACUGGAACAACUGCUCGGUUGGAAUGUGCUGCUCGCGGGCAUCCUCUUCCGCAGAUUGCUUGGCAGAAGGACGGAGGAACAGACUUCCCUGCAGCUCGAGAGCGUCGCAUGCACGUCAUGCCCGACGACGAUGUCUUUUUCAUCACCGAUGUGAAGAUAGACGACAUGGGCGUUUACAGCUGCACCGCUCAGAACUCUGCAGGUUCUGUGUCAGCCAAUGCCACCCUGACCGUGCUGGAGACUCCAAGUUUGGCUCAUCCAUUGGAAGACCGUGUUGUGUCUGUUGGUGAAACUGUGGUCCUGCAAUGCAAAGCAACUGGAAGUCCACCGCCACGUAUUAACUGGUUGAAGGGCGACCAUUCUCUGACUGUGACCGAUAGGCAUCACUUUACUCCAGGCAACCAGCUGCUUAUUGUCCGCAACGUUGUGUUAGAAGAUGCUGGGAAGUACACAUGUGAAAUCUCAAAUACGGUUGGAACAGAACGAGCCCACAGCCAAGUGAGCGUAUUGCCUUCAAUUGGCUGCCGGAAAGAUGGAACCACAUUUGGAAUCAUGACUAUUGCUGUAGUCUGUAGCAUUGUCUUAACGUCUCUGGUUUGGGUGUGUAUCAUCUAUCAGACCAGAAAGAAGAGUGAAGAAUACAGUGUCACAAACACAGAUGAGACUAUUGUACCGCCUGACGUGCCAAGCUAUCUGUCCUCCCAGGGAACACUUUCAGACCGACAAGAAAUAGUUGGGAGAGUAGAAAACGGCCAGCAGCCCAAUGGUCAAAUCCAGAGCAAUGGUAGGUUUUGGGGGGAAAAAACAUUGCUGUAUCUAUCCUUGUCCAAAGAUGCAAAUGAUUCUAACCGAAUUGAAGAUUAA